AAGAGAAACACACAACUCCACCUCAGAUUACUCAAAAUUUAGGAUUCUUAUAUUUAUGGGUUGAUUCAAUAUGUGCCAAUCACAGAGCAGCACCGUUUGUGAACUCUUCUGUCAUUGGACACUACUUUAUCGCGGGAGAAAUUGGCGUGGAGCAUACGGACUUGGAGUUGUGGGAGCAGAGGUAGUGAGGGGCAGUAUCGCAGAGAGGAAUAUCGAGGAGGAGCAGAAACAAUUAGCGAUAAGAAGCAGAGAAGAGUAGGAGCAGGGACGACGAAGAGCGGGGACAGAGGAGCCGCAAUGUGGAGGAGCAGAGACAAGGAGUGUGGAGUUUUCAAAUCACGGACUGGCAGUUAUAGCAACCAAAUGGUUUACUGGGCCUGAGGAGGAUGAAUGCUAUUGGUCACCAGCAAAAGAUGAACUCGACAAGGGCAGCCAUAAAGCAAAAGGACCCUUGCACUGACUGGGUGACACACAAAGUGACCGUGAAGAGAAAAGCUGCAACAUAUGAAAUUGCUCGCUCAAAGUUAGUGGAAUAUGAACAGAAUACAGAUGUAUCAACCGAGCCUGAGUCUACAGAGAAUAUGGGCAGGGGGAAGCGCAAAAGGAGGCAAGUGGUCAUGUCCAGCGAGGCUGAAGAUGAGGAUGAUGACGAUAUCAACAAUCGGGCAUCUCCAUCACCUCUGAGGCCUCCAUCUACUCUGAGAUGUAUGCAGACCCCCCUUCUCCCCCCCCCACGGGUCUCUGCAGACCCCCCUCCACCCACCCACAGGUCUCUGCAGACCCCUCCACCCACCCACAGGUCUAUACAGACCCCUGCACCCCCUGCUCCCACCCACGGGUCUUCAACCCCAAGACGAGACAUUCGGGAUAGCAUGUUUGUUCGCAUUUUGACCCUCCUUGAGGAGGUGAAAGACACACAGAGGAACCAUGGGAGGAUUCUCCAGGCACUUCUCCAAGAUCAACACAACAUUGCCAACCCCGUUUGUUCUACUCCAGAGGGUUUCCCCCUCAAGACGGUUCAUGAAGUCGACUGCAUGGAAGAAAAACUGGCAAACCCCACCUUCAUGUCAGAACUGAUUGCAGCUGUGGCGGACAUUGGAGGGGGCACUGUUGACGGGGCCAUGAGAAGGAUGAUGGCGUUCCUCAUUGACCACAACCUAUCCAGACAGUACAACUUCGUGGGGAGAAAUGGCAAGACAGGAUUCAAGCCCCUCAAGCUGUUUGAAGUAAUUUAUGGAGCCUUGAAGAAGAAUGCAAUGACCAGUCAGAUCACCAGAAAGGACGUAGAGAAGGCGGUCUCAAAGUGACUGAUUGGUGCUAGGGACCGGGGGGGGGCAAUCGACAGGCCCGUCAGGCCAGAGAGGCAGCCCCUCAGGAAAUUUAAAUUGUUUUUUUUUUUUUUUUCAGUGAUUUCUGUAAUAAAAACUUAGUUUUUAUUUUUUGUAAAGAGCAAUAAAAAAGUAAUUGUA